CGGAAGACAUAUUUUACUAGAUAGGCUAUUAUAGAUCCUGUCCUAAAGACAUCACCAUUACUUGUUUGGAAGUCGAUCCUUCGGACCUAUAGACACUUUUGCACGCUUGCCCAAUCAGCUAUGGGAGACACGCUUGCGGCCUCUCUCCUCCGCAAGCAGCUUAAGGAGCUUACCAAGAAUCCUGUGGAGGGCUUUUCAGCUGGCUUAGUUGACGAUAGCAACGUUUUUGAGUGGCAGGUCACUAUCAUUGGGCCGCCGGACACUCUCUACGAGGGCGGUUUCUUCAACGCAAAGCUAAGCUUCCCAAAAGACUACCCGAACUCGCCACCCACCUGCCGUUUCACGUCAGAGAUGUGGCACCCUAACGUAUACGAUGAUGGCAAAGUCUGCAUUUCCAUCCUCCAUAACCCCGGCGAUGACCCGCACGGGUACGAGAGUGCAGCGGAGCGCUGGUCACCUGUCCACACGGUUGAAACAAUUAUGAUUUCCAUCAUCUCGAUGCUGUCGUCGCCGAAUGAUGAGUCCCCUGCCAACGUGGACGCCGCCAAGAUGUGGCGGGAGAACCGGGAGGAGUUUAAGAAGCGAGUGGCGCGCAUUGUGCGUAAGUCGCAGGAGAUGCUUUAGCUCUGGCACGUAGAGGACGGGGCGCAAGCGGCGGCAGGCGGCUGGAUUUUGGAGCCGGGUACCAGGACUUGACUGCGGGCAAGCGGCGGCGGCCAGCCUGCUAGUACAGGCGUGCACGAUAAUUGUUGUUGAAAGGGGAGCAAAGUCAUGGAGCAGGCAGCGCGAGGGGCAGCAAACUUGGAUGUGUGAGGAGCUGCGUGAAGCAUGGAUGAAGGAUUACGAGCUGGUUCCUGUUGGGCUGAACUCGCGUGGGCCGACUAGGAACUGGAUGGAUUCGAUCGCUGCAUGGAGGUGGCCGCGGCAGCCGGUGGCAAUCUGGGGUGAUUGUCUUUGAGUCGCGUGGUGGGAGCAUGAGCCCAUCAUAUGGUGAUGCUCCCACUGGCCGCAUCGCGCCUCUCGGCCUGUGGAUUAAUGCCCGAGGGCAUUAGAACGAUCGCGCGGCGGAGGACGUCAUCAUACGGAUGUUCCUUUCUUGUUGCGCAAUCCUUCUUGAGCAUCGUCGCUAGCUGGCCUCCCGAACCAUCGAUUGUUUUCCUGCAUAAGCCAUCCCAUUUCCGGCAUGAGCCAUCCCACUUCAGCUCUGAUGUCUUUGCCCCUUCGUCACGUGAGCUGCUCGGGGUCAGCGUCAUGUAUGUAGUGUUCAUGUGCAUUGGCAUGAUGCGCACGUCCAUAUGGUAUUCGCGCCGGCACGAUACGCACGUUCAUGGGUACGGCAUGCAGGAACCUUAAUGAGGCCGUUGUGGGGCCCCAACGGCCAGGCCGCACCUAGGAUGGCGAGAAG